AUGGGGGACAUGGCCAACAGCUCCGUGGAGUUCUACCCCAAGUCCCAGCAGCAGCGAGAUGCCCCCCACGCUGGAGGCUUUGGGUGCACCCUGGCCGAGCUGCGCUCCCUUAUGGAGGUGCGCGGGGCUGAGGCCCUGCAGAAGAUCCAGGAAGACUAUGGGGAUGUCGGGGGGCUGUGCAGAAGGCUGAAGACCUCCCCUACUGAGGGCCUCGCAGACAAUGUCAGUGACCUGGAGAAGCGCAGGCAGAUCUACGGGCAGAACUUCAUCCCGCCCAAGCAGCCCAAGACUUUCCUCCAGCUGGUGUGGGAGGCCCUGCAGGACGUGACCCUCAUCAUCCUGGAAGUGGCCGCCAUCGUCUCCCUGGGCCUCUCCUUCUAUGCGCCCCCCGGAGAGGAGAGUGAGGCCUGUGGGAACGUGGCGGCCGGGGCGGAAGAUGAGGGUGAGGCCGAGGCCGGCUGGAUCGAAGGGGCUGCCAUCUUGCUGUCAGUCAUCUGCGUGGUGCUGGUCACAGCCUUCAACGACUGGAGCAAAGAGAAGCAGUUCCGGGGGCUGCAGAGCCGCAUCGAGCAGGAGCAGAAGUUCACGGUCAUCCGGAAUGGGCAGCUCCUGCAGGUGCCGGUGGCAGCUCUGGUGGUCGGGGACAUCGCCCAAGUCAAGUACGGGGACCUGCUGCCUGCCGAUGGUGUGCUCAUCCAGGGUAAUGACCUCAAGAUUGACGAGAGCUCGCUGACCGGGGAGUCGGACCAUGUGCGCAAGUCGGCCGACAAAGACCCCAUGCUUCUCUCAGGCACUCAUGUCAUGGAAGGUUCUGGAAGGAUGGUGGUGACGGCUGUGGGGGUGAACUCGCAGACAGGCAUCAUCUUUACCUUGCUUGGAGCUGGUGGAGAGGAGGAGAAGAAAGAUAAGAAAGAGCGCCAGGCCAAAAGCAAGCAGCAGGACGGGGCGAUGGACGGCAGCCAGACCAAAGCUAAGAAGCAGGACGGGGCUGUUGCCAUGGAGAUGCAGCCCCUGAAGAGCGCAGAGGGUGGGGAGGUGGAGGAGCGGGAGAAGAAGAAAGCCAGCGUGCCCAAGAAGGAGAAGUCUGUCCUUCAGGGGAAGCUGACCAAGCUGGCUGUACAGAUCGGAAAAGCAGGGCUGGUGAUGUCCGCCAUCACUGUGAUCAUCUUAGUGCUCUACUUCGUCAUCGAGACCUUCGUCCUCCAGGGCAGAGUGUGGCUGGCCGAGUGCACACCUGUCUAUGUGCAGUACUUUGUCAAAUUCUUCAUCAUCGGGGUCACUGUGCUGGUUGUGGCAGUCCCAGAGGGCCUGCCUCUUGCUGUCACCAUCUCCUUGGCUUACUCUGUCAAGAAAAUGAUGAAGGACAACAACCUGGUACGCCACCUGGACGCCUGCGAGACCAUGGGCAACGCCACAGCUAUCUGCUCUGACAAGACGGGCACACUGACCACCAAUCGCAUGACGGUGGUCCAGUCCUACCUGGGGGACACCCACUACAAGGAGAUCCCGGCUGCAAGUGCCCUCACCCCCAAGACCCUCGACCUCCUGGUCCACGCCAUUUCCAUCAACAGUGCCUACACCACCAAAAUACUACCUCCAGAGAAGGAAGGUGCCCUCCCACGUCAAGUGGGUAAUAAAACAGAGUGUGCACUGCUGGGUUUCGUGCUGGACCUCAAGCGGGACUUCCAGCCAGUGCGGGAGCAGAUCCCAGAGGACAAGCUUUACAAGGUCUACACCUUCAACUCAGUCCGCAAGUCCAUGAGCACGGUCAUCCAGAUGCCUGACGGGGGCUUCCGCCUCUUCAGCAAGGGGGCCUCAGAGAUCCUCCUGAAAAAGUGCUCCACCAUCUUGAACAGCAGCGGGGAGCUCCGCACUUUCCGCCCCCGGGACCGGGAUGAGAUGGUGAAGAGGGUCAUUGAGCCUAUGGCCUGUGAUGGUCUCCGCACCAUCUGCAUCGCCUACCGGGACUUCUCGGCAGUCCAGGAACCUGAGUGGGACAACGAAAAUGAGGUGGUGGCUGACCUCACCUGCAUCGCCGUGGUGGGCAUUGAGGACCCCGUGCGCCCCGAGGUCCCUGAAGCCAUCCGCAAGUGCCAGCGAGCUGGCAUCACUGUCCGCAUGGUGACAGGGGACAACAUCAACACAGCCAGGGCCAUCGCAGUCAAGUGUGGCAUUCUGCAACCUGGGGAGGACUUCCUGUGCCUGGAGGGGAAGGAGUUCAACCGGCGAAUCCGCAACGAGAAAGGCGAGAUUGACCAUGAGCGGCUGGAGAAGGUAUGGCCCAAGCUGAGGGUUCUUGCCCGCUCUUCUCCGACCGACAAACACACCCUCGUGAAAGGGAUCAUCGACAGCACAACUGGGGAGCAGAGGCAGGUGGUGGCCGUGACCGGAGACGGCACCAAUGAUGGCCCGGCCCUGAAGAAGGCGGACGUGGGCUUUGCGAUGGGCAUUGCAGGGACAGACGUGGCUAAGGAGGCCUCGGACAUCAUCCUGACCGAUGACAACUUCACCAGCAUUGUGAAGGCUGUCAUGUGGGGCCGCAACGUCUACGACAGCAUCUCCAAGUUCCUGCAGUUCCAGCUGACCGUCAAUGUGGUGGCUGUGAUCGUGGCCUUCACGGGGGCGUGCAUCACUCAGGACUCUCCCCUCAAAGCCGUGCAGAUGUUGUGGGUAAACUUGAUCAUGGACACCUUCGCCUCUCUGGCCCUGGCGACAGAGCCGCCCACCGAGGCCCUGCUCCUGCGGAAGCCGUACGGCCGGGACAAGCCCCUCAUCUCCCGCACCAUGAUGAAGAACAUUCUGGGCCACGCAGUCUACCAGCUGACUAUCAUCUUCACCCUGCUCUUUGUGGGGGAGGUCUUGUUUGACAUCGAUAGCGGGAGGAACGCACCCCUGCACUCGCCACCCUCGGAGCACUAUACCAUCAUCUUCAACACCUUCGUCAUGAUGCAGCUCUUCAAUGAGAUCAACGCCCGCAAGAUCCAUGGUGAGAGGAAUGUCUUCGAAGGCAUCUUCAGCAACCCCAUCUUCUGCUCCAUCGUCUUGGGCACCUUUGGCAUCCAGAUUGUCAUCGUCCAGUUCGGUGGAAAACCCUUCAGCUGCUCCCCGCUCUCGGCAGAACAAUGGCUCUGGUGCCUGUUUGUUGGUUUUGGGGAGCUGGUCUGGGGACAGGUCAUCGCCACCAUCCCCACCAGUCGGCUCACGUGCCUAAAGGAGGCUGGCCACGGGCCUGGGAAGGACGAGGUGACGGACGAGGAGCUGGCCGAGGGGGAGGAGGAGAUCGAUCAUGCCGAGCGAGAGCUCCGCAGGGGCCAGAUCCUCUGGUUCCGAGGCCUCAACCGGAUCCAGACACAGAUCCGGGUGGUGAAGGCCUUCCGUAGCUCACUCUACGAAGGCCUGGAGAAGCCGGACUCCAAGACUUCCAUCCACAACUUCAUGACCACGCCCGAGUUCUUAAUCAACGACUACACCCACAACAUCCCGCUCAUCGACGACACAGACGUGGAUGAGAACGAGGAGCGCCUGCGUGCGCCCCCGCCCCCAUCCCCCAACAAGAACAACAACGCCAUAGACAGCGGCAUCUACCUGGCCACGUCUGCCAGCAAGUCAGCUACCUCUUCCAGGCCCGGCAGCCCCCUGCACAGUGUGGAGACGUCAAUGUAG